CUACAACACAUUCUCUAACUUCUAAACUCUUACUCUCUAUAUAUAGCACAGGCUACAUCAUAUAUGCACAGCAGAACAGAUCCAUCAAUUACAGCUAUCAAUGGCUUCUGUGCCUCAAUCCAAAACUUCCCCUCUCAUCAUCUUCUUCUUCUUCUUCUUCCUCUUCUCGUCCUUUACCAUUCACGCUAUUGUUCCUCAAAAUGAGACCUUCAAAUUCGAAAACUCAGGUGAAUUUGGACCCUACAUUACCGAGUACGAUGCCAGUUACAGGAUGCAAAGCCUUUUCAGUUCUCCUUUCCAACUAGCAUUCUACAACACCACCCCAAAUGCCUUCACUCUAGCUCUGCGCAUGGGACUCAGACGCUCCGAGCAACUUUUCCGGUGGGUGUGGGAGGCCAACAGAGGAAACCCAGUUGGAGAGAACGCCACUUUUUCACUCGGCACUGACGGAAACCUUGUGCUGGCUGAAGCUGAUGGCAGAGUCGCUUGGCAAACCAACACUGCCAACAAGGGUGUUGUGGCCUUAAGGUUACUUCCAAAUGGUAACAUGGUGCUCCUUGAUGCACAGGGAAAGUUUGUUUGGCAGAGUUUUGAUCACCCCACAGAUACCCUUUUGAUUGAUCAGUAUCUGAGAGCAAAAGGGCCAUCCAAAUUGGUUAGUAGGCUUUCAGCCAGGGACAACGUAAAUGGUCCUUAUAGUUUGGUUUUGGAGCCUAAAAGGUUGGCCUUGUACUACAAGAGCAAGAAUUCUCCAAGACCAGUUCUUUAUUGGUACAGGCUCUUCACCCGAGAAGGUUCAGUGGAAAACAUCACCCUCACAUCUUAUCCAGACACUUUUGAAAUUGAAUUCACCUAUUCACUUAGUUCUUCCACCACCAGUGAUUACAGAACCAUGCAAGAACCAUUGAACAACAUUCCCGUUGGAGUGAUGGGAAUGCCGGUGAACAACAGCACCUUGACCUACCUUAGGCUUGGAAUUGAUGGCAAUAUCAGGCUUCACACUUACUUCCUCCGUGUGCGUUCUGGUGUUUGGGAAGUGACCUACACUCUCUUUGACAGAGAUUCUCAUGAUGAGAGUGAGUGCCAAUGGCCUGAGAAAUGUGGGAAUCUUGGACUGUGUCAGAAUGAACAAUGUGUGGGUUGUCCAUUGGAGAAUGGAGUGUUUGGAUGGAGCAACAACUGCAGUGCCAAGCCUGUGAAAUCAUGCAAAGCAAGUGAUUUCCACUACUACAAACUUGAAGGAGUUAGACAUUACAUGAGCAAAUACAGCGAAGGAGAAAAAGUGAGUGAAAGUACUUGUGGAAACAAAUGCACUAAAGAUUGCAAGUGUGUUGGGUAUUUCUACCACAGGGAGAACUCUAGGUGUUGGAUAGCUUAUGAUUUGGAAACCCUUACAAGAGUGGCCAAUUCCAAACAGGUGGGAUUUAUUAAGGUGCCUAAUUAGUAAAUAGAAAAGCCUUGGUAUUGUGGUUAAUAAUGGUUUUGGAAUAUUGCAUUGAAGUUAUGGUGUGUUAACUUUGUUUGUGUGAGGAGAAUAACAGUAUAAUAAAUUAAGAAGUUUGUUGUA